AUGUCUGCUAUACAUGAUAUUCCGACGGUUCUGGAGAUUCAGCAUGGCUCAAGGCAGAGCUGCGACCGCGCUGACAGAUUAUCAACGCUGAUUUUAAUUCAUCCGGGGGCGGGUAUGAGCGCAUGUUAUGCUCGACUCGGCUUCCAUGCGGACCGUAGAGUCAUUGCGAUCAAUCAAACAUGGCUAGGUGGCCUCACUGGGGUCGUUACGGCCUCUGAAGCUUUGACUUUCCAGUCCGUCCGCGAGGCAGCCUCAGUGUAUCUAGCUUACCUUGAAGACCAAGGUUGGAUACGAGAAGAACUCAACUUGCAGCGCAAAUACGGAAAACCAGCUGUGGCCUUCGGUGGAUGGUCGUAUGGCGGCUGUGUCGCACUAGAGAUGGCGCACCAAGUGAGCGGCGGAAAUUUGCCCUGGAGAAAGUCGCUUCUCAACGACUACACCGGAGUCCUUCUCUUCGAUGCAGUUCACCCCGUCGGCGUCUACGAUCUUCAAGAUCAAACAAUUUCGCAUAAGCACAACAACACACAAGCGGACAAGAGCAUCUUGUCAUCAGCUCCAGCACAGAUGCAAGACGAAGAGAUGUUCGAGUAUCUCCGUGCCUGCUACAAAGAUGCGACACGUCUGCUGGCUGCGUACGAUACCACUCACCUACGCAUCAGAAGGCAGAUCACUCUUGUCAAGGCAGGAAAAUCUUCUCCAACAGAUCGGUCGCUAAGCAACGGCGCUCGGAUUCAGAGAAUUAAGAAUCAGCUUUGCGAGCACAAUGGCUGGAAGAAGAUUGCUCAAGAAGCGGUACAGAACACCAAGAGUCAGUGGCUGACCAUCCCUUUGCCAAAGACUGCGCAUGAUGAUCUCUUCACCACGCCACAUCUUGCGUUCACACAGAUGGCAAUCGAUCAGGUGGAAAGCCUCAGACGCAUUUGA